GCAGAGGAUCGGAGCUGUAGCGAUGGCCGGAGCUGGGUCGGAGCCGUUCCAGGCCAGCGAGCACCAGCACAUCCGUUACAACCCGCUGCAGGAUGAGUGGGUGCUCGUGUCUGCGCACCGCAUGAGGCGGCCCUGGCAGGGGCAGCUGGAGCCCCCAGUCCCUGAGAACAUCCCUCGCCAUGAUCCCAGUAACCCCCUCUGCCCUGGGGCCACGCGGGCCAAUGGGGAGGUCAACCCUCUCUACGAGAGCACCUUCCUCUUUGACAAUGACUUCCCUGCCCUGCAACCUGAUGCCCCCAGCCCUGGACCCAGUGACCACCCCCUCUUCCGGGCAGAACCAGCUCGUGGAGUUUGUAAGGUCCUGUGUUUCCACCCGUGGUCAGACAUCACUCUGCCCCUCAUGUCCGUCCCCGAGAUCCGGACUGUCAUCGACACGUGGGCCAAGGUGGCGGGGGACCUGGGCGCUGAGUAUCCCUGGGUUCAGAUCUUUGAGAACAAAGGGGCCAUGAUGGGCUGUUCGAACCCCCAUCCUCACUGCCAGGUGUGGGCCAGUAGCUUCCUGCCGGAUGUGCCCCGGCGGGAGGACAGGAACCAGCGGGAAUACCUGAGUCGUCACGGAGAGCCGCUGCUGCUGGCAUACGGGCGCCAGGAGGCCCAGAGGAAGGAGCGGCUGGUGCUAGCCAAUGAGGACUGGCUCGUGUUGGUGCCCUACUGGGCCGUGUGGCCCUUCCAGACCCUGCUGCUGCCCCGGCGCCAUGUACUGAGACUACAGGAUCUGCAGCCAGGGGAACGCGACAGCCUGGCCGCUAUCAUGAAGCAGCUCUUGACCAAGUAUGACAACUUGUUUGAGACUUCGUUUCCGUAUUCGAUGGGCUGGCACGGUGCCCCCACUGGAUCUCUCGGGGAGGCCGAGGCCGGGCACUGGCAGCUCCAUGCCCAUUACUACCCGCCUCUCCUCCGCUCUGCCACCGUUCGCAAGUUCAUGGUUGGCUACGAGAUGUUGGCCCAGGCUCAGAGGGACCUGACCCCCGAGCAGGCCGCCGAGCGCCUCAGACAGCUGCCGGAGGAUCAUUUCCGGCAGCGGCAGGAGAAGGCAUGAGGGAGGCCGAAGCCGAGCACGAGGAGCAGUUGGCGCACUCAGGUGGCAGGAUCCCGGCGGGGAUGAGGAGACCUUGUAAAAUAAACCCUGCGGGCUUGGCUGUA